AUGAGGUUUCUGUUUUGUUUUUGUCUAUUUUUCGCCCUGGGUUUGGUUUCAACCGAUGAUGAAGUCUUUGAAGCAAAAAGAGAGAAAGAUCGUGCUGAAAAUAACAACGUGAACGAUUUAUGGCUGCUUGUUGCCAAAGAGGAGGAGGAAGAAGGAGGGGACGAGUCAGGCCACAGCAUUAAACCUACCUUACAUCCAUUCCAGCAAUGCCUCCAAAAAUACCAUGUAUGUGUCCAAAACAGCUGCAAAAUAUGGGAGAGACAGAAAGAAUGUUUACUCCAGUUUUAUCGAUGUCAGAAUCAAUACACGAGAAAAUGCCGGGAGCUUUAUAAAACGUCAUCUUGCUAUAAACGUUUAGGACGUAAUAUGUGUCGUAAGAAGCUCAUUCAAUGCUAUGGCUCCGACAGUGGAAAAGCUGAUUGACUACAACAGGGCGAUGUAUGCAGGAAUUAUUGGGAGCAAGCUUACUGAAAUGCUCUAAAGUUCAC